AAGGGAAGGGAGCGGAAGGGGCGGCCGGGCCGCGCGGGCGCGUCCCCCCGUUGCUGCGGGGACGGGCCGGAAGCGGCCGCUGCUCCGCGCGCCAUUUUCAAAGGAUUUCAGGCGCUGGGACGUCGCGGGCCUGCCAGCGGGCCCGCUUGCCGACGCCUGAGUUUAGUGUGCUUGCUCUCAGCUGAGGACUUCUCGGAGCCAGUGAGGAGCUGCACGGAAAGCCAUGAGGGAACAUAGCCAGGACAGAUGAUCUGAGCUGGUAUUCCACUACUUAAAAAUAAACCAGGGAGUACCCAGAGCAGGGCUGGUUGUGCUUCGAGGACAUGCUGGGCAUCAGUCAGCAAGUGUUACUUUCUGUACAAGCUGUCACACGGAUAUGUUAAUGAUACUUCUUCUGUAAAACAUUCUCAAUUCGAUUAGUAAAAAACCUUUGCUGUUUCUAAAACACAAGCUUUUAAACGAAUCUGAACUAUUUGGAGUACAGAAUCUUCAACUUUGGUGUAGAAAUACCAAGAACUUGUUACUUUAGUGUUUGGCUGUCAGAGGAGUAUGAAGAGCAUUUCCUACACAUCAGGACAUUGACUUCCACUGAGCACACUGGUGGAACGAAAGUGCACCUCCUCCUCCUUCAGACAUCCCAGCACAGUAUGUAAAGGAUUGUUGGCAAUGCCAUUGCUUAGUUAAUAUCCCAACAACCUGAAACCUCUUCAAGCAAAUAUUUUUAGUAGUACUCAGAGCAGAUGCUGUGCUUGCAAGACUGGUGAUUCUCAUCCACAGAGCAUUACCCGGCAACCACAGGUGUCCUGUUUUUGUUGACUGCGGCAAAAGCAGCUUUGGAGGUGUGUUAACAAUGAGUACAAAUGCAGAGCGAAGGUUUGUUAAUCUCAGGAAACGCCUGAAUCAGCUGGGCUAUCGGCACCCACUGGGAGUGGACAGUUUACCUUUGGUGGAAAAGCUUUUCAGUGACUUAGUUCAUACAACUGAGAGCUUGCGCAAAGCAAAGUUUUCUUCUGGAAAGACUGAGAAAGAAUGCAGCAAUUAUGAUACUAUUUUGGAACCUUAUAAAACAGAGAAUGCUAGACUUACCAGGGAAAAUAAUGAUCUACAUUUAGAAAUAUUAAAACUGAAAGAGCAGUCUGAUCGUCAUGUUAAAGAUUUGAAAGCCUCCUUAAGGAGGAUUGAACAUGAAACAACUGACUUGAAAUUUCUGAAUAACCAGUAUAUACAUAAAAUUAAAAUGCUGGAAAAAGAGACCAAAGCCAAGACUGAAAAAAUUCAGCAGCUUCAGGAGAAGAAUCUGCAAGCAGUGGUGCAAACACCUGGUGGCAGGAGGAAAAGCAUUCCCUUCAGGCGUCAGCGCAUGCAGAUAGACCAGUUUGUGCCCCCCUCAGGUGUCAGUGCCUACCCAGUGCCUCAGCCAGAGGACCCAUACAUUGCAGACCUUCUCCAGGUGGCUGAUAAUCGAAUUCAAGAACUGCAGUCAGAAGUAACAGAACUACAGAAAAAACUGGAGACAUCUGAAAGUGGAAUGAAAAAGUAUAGCAAACAGGUUGAGAUACGAGACAAAGAAAUUGGGCGCUUAAUGCUGGCAUUGGGUGGUGGGCGUUCUCAUGAGGUUCUCUCUCUGGAAUCAAGAACUAAAAGUAAUGAGAAGCUUAUUUCCUGCUUGAAUAUACAGGUUGAUUAUCUUCAGAAAAAAAACAAAGAACUUGAAAAUCACAUUCAAGAUCUCUUGGAUACUAAACAAAAUGUGACUAGUGAGGUAGUGGAUUUAAGCAAUAAAAAUGAAGAACUGUGUCAAGAACUGAAUGAAAUAGAUCACUUGGCACAGCAGUUGGAAAGACACAAAGAAAUAGUGCUUGAGACUGCAGAUAAGGAAAUAGGAGAAGCAAAGAAAGAAAUUGAAAGACAAGUCAGUGAAAUACAGGAUCUACAAGAAACGAUAACAAGGCUUAAAUCAGAGUUGUGCUCAUGUCAUAAGGAGAAUGAGAGACUGAAUGAAGAACUCUUUGGGAAAACAGAUGAAAAAGGGAAUCUUGAGCUGCUGUUAAACCAGCUUCAACAAGAGAAGCAAAGGCUGACAGAAAAAACAGAGAACUUAGAAAGAAAAGAACGAGAACUUGUCCUUGAAAUUGAAAGAAUGAGAUUGGACUAUGGUAUUGCCCUAGGAGACAAAUCUCCAUCUCGUCUAGAUGCAUUUGUAAAGACCUUAGAAGAUGACAGAGACUACUAUAAGCGAGAAUUAGACUAUCUUCAGAAAAUGGUAAAACUAAGGCCUAGCCCAAGCCGCAGGACUGCAGAGAAGAGCGAAGAGCUUAAAUCAAUCACUAGAGAAAGAGAUGAGCUGCGGUCUGUGUUAGACAGAUUUGAAAAACACAUGAUAGAAAUUCAGUCCAAUGUCAAAUUAUUGACUGCAGAAAGAGAUAGAUUAAAAGUUCUUUAUGAGCAGUCUCAGAGUGAAUUGAACAGGAUGAGAAGAGAAGCAAAACACAGUUUUCUUUCUCAAAGUCACACAGAAGAAGAAAGAGACAUUGCACUGAUUGACUUUAAAAUACUAAUGGCAGAAAAAGAAAGUCUUGAAGAUAAAUUAAAGAUGCAUCAGGAAGCAGCAGACCAUGAAAAAUCAAAGCUGCAGCAUGAUGUUUCAGAACUGGAGAAUAACAUUAAAGGACUUCAGAUUGAAAAGUGUGAACUAAGGACUACAGUCUCUAUCCUGAAAGAAAAAAUAAACUAUUUGGAAAAUGAGUUAAAUCUGAAGUCAAGUAAACUUGCCCAGACUUCUGACGAUUCUUCUCAAUUUAAAGCUGAGAUUUGCUCACUUCAGCUUUUAAAUGACCAACACCAGAAGUCUAUUGAAGAUUUACAGCACAGAUUGUCCCUCAAAAAGGAUGAACUGCUGACAGCUCAUGAUGAAAUUAUAAAGCUGAAAGAGAUAAUAGAUAGGUUAAACCAGAGGAGCACGUCACAGGAAGAAGCAGUCAGUGUGCUGAGAAGUACAAUUAGUGUUUUGGACAAAGAAAAGGACAGUCUUCAAGAAACCGUAGAUGAAAAAACAGAAAGAAUUGCAUGCUUAGAUGACAACCUAGCUAACAGGGAGAAAACAAUUGCUCAUUUACGUUUAACUCUCUCUGAGCUGGAGUCCUCAACAGACCAGAUGCAGGACAUGCUGGGAAACAGAGACCGGGAGAUAUCCACCUUACGUCGCCAGCUUGAUACAUCCCAGCUAGAGCUUGCAGAAAUGGGAAGAGUGAAGGAAAUGGCUCUGAAAGAAAACAGGAGACUGCAAGAUGACCUGGCUACAAUGGCCAGAGAAAACCAGGCUAUCAGUACCGAGCUUAAAGAUGCAAUACGUGAAAAAGAAGAAAUGAAAACCAGGGUUCAUAGUUAUAUAACUGAAGUCUCCAGAUUUGAGAACUUGAUAGCUUCAAAGGAAAAAGAAAACCAAGAAUUGUUAGAGAGGUUCCAGAUGCUGCAUACACAAGCUGAAGGCUGGGAAAUAAAGGCUCAUCAAGCUGAAGGAGAAAGCAGCUCCAUACGACUGGAACUCCUUUCAGUAGAUACGGAUCGGAAACAUCUUCGAGAGAGAGUAGAACUUCUGGAAAAAGAGAUUCAAGGGCAUAUUGUUGCACAUCAAGUAUAUGAGUCUCAGAUCUCCUCCAUAACCAAAAAUAUGUCCAGAUUGGAAGAGGAUCUUAAACGUGAAAAUCAGGAUAAGGCUUCUGUGUUGGCAGACCUCACUUCUGUGAGAGAACUCUGUGUGAAACUUGAGGCUAGCAAAGAACUUUUAGCUCGACAGCUGACAUCCAAAAGCAUGGAUUAUGAAAGGGUUCUAGGAGAAUUAGAAGAUACAAAAUCAGAAGGAGAGUUGCUGAAAAAGCAGCUAUCCAGUGAGAGACUUACAGUUCAGAAUCUUGAAACGUUAUUGGCUACUAGUAGAGACAAAGAAUUUCAGAACCAAUUAAUGUCCCAAGACAAAGAUACCGAAAUUCAGUUACUGAAAGACAAGCUAACCCUGGCUGAGAGCAAACUAAGCAGCAAUAAUAGAGAGGUUUCCAUGCUUCGAAGUAAACUUGCACAGAUGCAGACUGACACUGAUGUUUUAAAAAGGAAACUGACUACUGAGCGAUUUGAGCGGGAGCGAGCGAUCCAGGAGAUGCGGCGGCACGGCCUCUCCACCUCCUCGCUCCAGGCUUCGCCUCCGCUCAGCUCCACGCUGAGGUCGCCCUCGCGUUCUCCAGAGCGCAGCGCUGCAGGAACAACUGAGCAAGCAGCAGCUGAAAAGAAUGUGACCUUCAAGGAAUAAUCAGUACUUGAGUAACUGAAGCAUUACCUUGUUAAAAUGACUUUUUUUUAUAAAUUAUGAAUACUUGUAUUUCACCUUUGUUUUCUUCAAAUCACUGAUUACCUUUGAAACCUCUGGGAACAGGUCUAGUAAUCAACUUUGCAAAAUUCUGCUUUCCCAACCAGCAGGAGUGACUGAUUUUUUGUUGGCUGUUUGAUGGGUUUUAUAUCAAGCCUGCCUAAGUUUUGUUACUAUUUUGGAAACAUAAUAAUUAAAAGAAGGAAAUGAGUAUUGAUUAGAAAACCUCUUAUUUUCAUUUUUCCAUUUUAUUUGUUUGCUUAUCUCAUAUGAUUGGAAAAGUUUAUUAAUCUAGUGUGAGCUAACAUAGAAUAACAUCCCCAACUGUGUUAAAAAUGCUGAGCCAGUGUAUAUUUUCUACUCAUGAUGAUUUCCUGUUUGUGCAUCUAACAAGUGUUUUCAGGUUAUUCUUUAUGGUAUUUAAAAGUACUGAUUAUCUAUUUUGUGAAUGCAUUUUGUUUACUGUACCUUUUCUUACUAAAAAAUAUAUAUCAAUUAUUCUU